AAAAAAUAAAAAAAUAGGCAGUCACUCUGGGGAUCUGGGGUAGAUAUCUACAUGUAUAGAGCUCAUAAAAUAAACAGACGUCUACAUUAUGCUAGUGAUUCUAAUUAUAAAAUUUCAGAGUAAUUAAAGAGUAAAACUAAAACUUAACAGUGAAAUAGAUAUACAUGUAGAUCUAAGGUCUGAGCUAUAGAAUAGAUCUUGCGUCGUAGUAAGAGUAAGAGAAAUUCACUUCCCAAUUCAACACUCAACACCACAGGGCAGGCAACGCGACCCUCAUCAAAAUCAAGGUGUGACUACGUUUGUGCCCCACAAUGGCGAAAAGUUUGGAGUCCAACCCAUUUGCUGCUCUGUUUGGCACUCUUGAACAAGCUAAAGAAUUCUGUGAUGAAACAUCCAAAACGGUUCAGACAAAUGCUUCAGCAGAGAGUAUAAGUGCCACACAACCUACCACGGUUGAAAGUGAUGUCUCGAAAGAGAUUGACAUGUUAGCUGAGAAUAUUUUCAGAAUCUCAUUACGUUCAGAUCCCAAACAAAGAAGUACCAGAGUCAACUACUUUCCUGAUAUUGCAGAGGUUUACAAAGAAAGUCCUUUUAUGGACAGCUCUAAUAUUGGCCAUAUUGUGUUUGAGGUCCUUAUGCUGGAUCGACACGCUGACACAUUCCAGCUGAACCAUCAGAUUGACAGUGAGCGGGAGAGUGUGCUUGAAAGCGACACGCUGGAGAACACAGAAGUACUGACAUAUCUAUACUGCUGUCACCGCCGUUGCCUCACACGACAGGAAGAGUAUCAAAAAUCAAACUGUGAGCAGAUUUCAGCCUUCCUGAACGAGUGUAAAUCUGUGAUUGUGCAAAAUGCUGCCACUUGUCUGCAGCAGCCUGGUUUGUUUGAGUACCAGGACUUUAUGAGUCAGUUCAUAGAGCUGUGUGUGGAGGAGGAUCUGCCUACACAUGAUCCCCAGAAUUUCCCCUGUCGAUUCCUACAUGAGGUGUGUCAGGUCAUCGAAAGCAGUGAGGAUCAAGCGUCUCUCAGUCAGGCACUCAUACCGGUUCUACGAGAAGUCAAGGGCAGACUGAUGGCGACAGAGAUGAGCGUCGUGCACCGAGAUGCCACCAAGUAUUGCAGAGUUCUGCAUUUCUUCACAGCUACUCGAGCACUGGCCACGGUCUUCAUGAGCCAAAACACGCCAGAGGCCACUCAAAACUUCCACGGGCGGACUUACGAAAACACACCGAUUGGCGCAGCCCUCAGUCUCAGUGUCCUUCCUCGCUAUGACAAAGGGCCGUUCCAGUUCUUCUCUAAGCCAUCCGUGCAGACAAAAAAGGAGGUGGACAUGGUGGAAAACAGUGUCUGGCAGGCCACACAGCAGUUGAUUGGUUGUAUUCACAAGAUCUUUGUGGAUCUGAUGAAAGUGAGCCCGGACAUGAAGCACUAUACCCUGCGCUGGCUUGGACUAUGUAUACAAGGCAAUGCAGGUAGAGCCAAGCUAUGGGCCAACAACCUGCCAUCCGGUUUAUUUGUCAGUGACGCUUUUGCGGUGAAUCUGACACACUUGCUGCUUCUGUUCUGUCGCCCGUUCUCCCAGCCUGACUCGUGGAAGCUGUUGAAGAUCCAGCCAUCCUACACCACGGCCACUGCCAAUGGGGACAAAGAGAUGCUGAGACGAUCACUUCAUUUACUAGGUUUGCAAAAGGAGACUUGCUUGGUUCCAUCAGAAGAUGCUGAGAAGGGGGAGGAAGAAGACACCUUUAAUUUCAUCACCGAGUGCUUUUUCAUCACCCAGAGGACCCUUCAGGUGUUCCUUCAGCCGGUCAUUGGUCGUCUGUUGUCUGUGAAUCGCGACCUGCAUCAGAUCCAGCGCCUAUACAACGACAUCAUCCAGCAGUCACAGGGCAAUGAGGAGCCUGUGGUCAAUAUCAAAUCUCGCAUGGAAAAAGCUAUGACAAUCUACAUAAACAGGAAAGCAGCACUGACCCAGCCCGAGCUUCUCUCCCUGGCCUUCAAGUUCCAGGUCGCCUCUGCUUCUUGGCUCAGUUUGGCAGCCACAAAAAAACUGCCUCGUGCUGCGGUGGUCACGGCUGACACAGAGGUUCCCAAGAUCGAGUUUCCCCUGCCUGAGGAGCCGACCCCAGUCCUGACAUGCAUCCCGGAGUUUGUCAUGGAGAACAUCAUCAGCCUGAUCAACCACAUCCAUCGCUUCGAGGACGGUGUGCUGGAGUCCGAGGGAGACAAUCUGCAGUACCUGAUGACCUUGGUGCUGGUGUUCAUGAGUUCUCCUCGGAGGAUGAAGAACCCGCACUUGCGGGCAGAGCUGGCUGAGAUGUUGGCCUCGUUGAUGCCGCUCAGUGAGAGACACCCGGAGAAAGGCCUUGCCCCCCAACAUUUCCGGCAACAGCUCUUUGAGACUCACCCCCACAUCAUGCAGCUGGGAGAGGCCAUCAUGCACGUUUUUGUCAGCAUUGAGAUGACUGGAGAGAAUGUAGCCUUUGAGCAGAAGUUCAACUACCGCAGACCCAUGUACACCAUCCUCAAGUACAUCUGGGACAUUCCAGCUCACCAGGAAAAAAUCAAAAGGCUAGCAAAAUAUGCAGAAGAGAAUAUUUUGUGCUCUGACCCUCCUUUGUUCCUGCGUUUCAUCAACUUGCUGGUGAAUGACGCCACUUACUUGUUGGACGAAGCCCUCAUGUUCAUGGGUCAGAUCAAAGAGAAGCAGCAGGAGCGUGAGCGCGGUGAUUGGAGCCGUCUACCGGAGGCCCAGCGCCACCAGGAAGAGGCCAACCUCCAGCAGAUCUCGCGGCUGGCUCAGUACCACAAUGUGAUGGGCUCCUCCACCAUCAGCACGCUGCGCAUGAUCACGGGCCAGAUACAGUCCAUCUUCUGCCAUGCGACGUUUGUGGAUCGCAUCGCUAGCAUGCUCAACUACUUCCUGUGUCGUCUAGUUGGACCUAAACAGCGUGAGUUCAGCGUGCGAGACAAGGAAAACUAUGACUUCAAGCCUCAGGAGACAGUGUCCAACAUUUCAUCCAUCUAUGUGAACCUGCAGCAUAGUGACCUGUUCUGCCAGGCUGUGUUUCAGGAUCAGCGGUCGUACAGCAGUGAACUCUUUUCACAGGCUUGCCAAGUGCUAGAACGGAUAGGAGAAUCCCCACAGGCUAUACAUGACUUUAUUCAGCUAGAUGAUAAGAUAAAGGCCAUGCAGUCAGUGAAGGUGUCAGAGGAGCAGGCUCUGGCCGACGCCCCCGAGGAGUUCCUGGACCCCAUCAUGGGCACUCUGAUGACCGACCCAGUCAUGUUGCCUGCGUCUCGGAAUAUUGUUGACCGCAACGUCAUCGCCAGACAUGUCCUCAGUGACCAAACGGACCCGUUCAACCGCCAGCCUCUGUCUCUGGACAUGGUUAUACCCCAGUCUGAGCUAAAGGCACGGAUAGAGGCGUGGGUUGCCGAGAGGAUGAAGAAUUUGUAGCAGAAGAGGCUGUGAAGCAAAACAGUAGUAGGAUUUUUGUUUUAUCUCGGCUGUGAGGAGACAGAACUCGGAGAAAGACCGCACAUUUUCGGGACUCGGAGAAAGACCGCACAUUUUCGGGACUUGCGAAUUAUCAGUUUCCUUUUAGAGUGAUGGUGACACACAAGUGAUAAAGAUAUUCUCUCGGUUUUAACACACUUUCACAAUGUCAUUUUAAAAAUAGAUUGUUUGUUUUUAGAACACAUUAACACUUUGCAGUCAUGCAGCAAGCAGUGCUAAAUACCUCAUCUGGUCACCCAGCCAGGAGAACGACUACAACGGACUUCUCAGGCCUGAGGUGACCAGAACGGAUAAUUUUCACCAGCACUUUAUCUCGUCAAGUGACUGCAAAAUGUUAACCCUUACAGCACCGGGAUGUUUUUAGCCCCCACUUCCCUCUGGCCCAGGUAAUACUGGAGUCCAUGACUCCUCGGGUCCAGACAACACUGAUUGUGUCAGUAAUUUUUUUCAGACUUUAAGAAACUUUCUAUACUGCUCUUGGUUGAAAUUUUAAAAGAUAACAUGUAGAAUAUUAUUUUUUAGAAACUGUCAGAUUGUUGUAAAAAAUAUUCCAGCUAGGUUUGAGUUGGCUCCUGAAGGCCCAGUUACACGUAACGAUAAAUUGUACAAAAACUGGACGAUAUAGCGAUCAUACGAUAAAACGUUAGGUGUAACCACAAA